AUGUGUGUAGGCGCGAAUGCACGAGACAAGUGCCGGGUCCAGAGCAUAGAUGAUUACCAGUGUUCAGGAAGUUUGGAGGCGGACUUCCCUCAGCUGUGUUCACUGAUGAAAAUAAGAGAAGUCCCUGUCGUAACAUCAAGGAUCCAAACCUCGACGUCUCCAUCCGCAGACAGAAGAGCUCUGGAAGCCAGUCAGUCACAGGUGUGGUGUGAGAGUGCCAUGACAACGUGGUGCCCUAAGCCCCGCCUGCAGGUAGAACUGGACUUUGAGGACCGUCAGAGUGUGAAAGAGGUCAAGAUAUCUGGAUGGAAAGUUGAUUCUUUGAUGGUCCAAGUGCUAAGCAAGAUAUUGCCAUCUCUGAGCCAUCUCCAGAGCCUACAUAUGUGGCAGGUCGGACUGAACGAUCGCACGUUUGCCUCCCUGAAGAACACCUUAUUUCUGUGCUCCAACCUCAGGACUGUGAUUUUGGAAGGAAACCCUCUACCUGAAGAGAACUUUCACCUCCUCAUGGGGGAGGACAGUAUGUUGACUCAUCUGUCUCUGCGUAACAACAGGAUAGGGGAGGAGGGAGCUCGUCUGAUUGGCUCAGCCCUCUCCACAACCCGUUCGGCGAACAGGAACCUCGUGUCACUCAACCUGGCCUUCAACUCCAUUGGCGACGCUGGCGCCAUUCACAUUGCACAUGGUCUGCGUCUGAACCGCACCCUGCUCUGUCUGUCCCUGGCCAACAAUCACAUCGGAGAUGCAGGUGCCGCUCCUCUGGCAGAGAUCCUGGCUCCCUUUGCCCUUACGCACGAGGAGGUGGUUGAGAGGAGGAGGCUGUUGAUGUCCCGUUCCGCCUGUCCGUCUCAGGCUACUGCUGCGGACUCGAAGUGCGAGUGUCCUCUCUCUGUUCCCAGCAGCUCCUCUCUGGAGCCCAAUGUUGGCAAAGGUGCCAAGGGCAGCUCCAAGAAGAAGGAUGCACCUAAAAAAGAUGAGAAGCCAGUGGGCGGUCACACAGGUGGAGGACCAGGAAAGAGAGAGGAACCUAAACCCGCCAAAAAAGCGUCAGAUACCAAGGUGCCGCGGGGUCGAGCGGGGAGGUCUGGAAGGAAGGACAAACAGCCGUUAGUGCAGGAGAGUGAGGAUAAGAACUCUGCUGUUCAGAAGUCACCAGAACCAACAGAGACAGUGAGUCCCCUGCUGGAUCCAGGCGUGCAGCACACAGGAGGACGAGUCAUUGUGCCAGGAAACACAGCUCUGACCGCUCUCAACCUGGCAGGGAAUAAACUGACGGAGCGGUCACUCCCUCUCUUCUUAUCUUCUGUGGGAAGCCAGGGCAAAGGAGGUCUUCUGCACCUCCGUCUCCAGAGAAACUGCUUUCCCCCUGAUUGUGACACCUUCCUUAAGAUACAGGAAAUGAUGUCACUGAGGGACCCACUCAACCGAAGCCCGUCAGGUCAGGUGGAUGAUGUCCAAGGCCAGGCAGCUUAG